CAGCAUUGCGGGAAGCCAGGAUGGGAGUGCAGAGCCUGGCAGUGGCUUGUGGGGCACUGGCCUUGUGCCUGGCACUCACCACAGCCACCAACCCCGGCUUCGUGGUGAGGAUCACCCAGGCAGGCUUGGACUACGCCCACGAGCACGGAAUCACAGUCCUGGAGAAGCAGCUGGCCCAGCUGAAGCUGCCAGACAUCUCGGGUGACUCUCGUGUCUUGCGCGUGGGGAAGGUGCACUAUGAGAUCUCCAGACUGCGCCUUCGUGAUUUCCACUUGCCAUACACACGGAUUACCCCAAUCUCCAACGUGGGCCUGCAGGUCUCCAUCUCCAACGCCUUUGCCGAGCUGGAUGGGGAUUGGCGGGUGAAAUUUCUCUUUGUCAGCCGGGACCACGGGUCUUUUAACCUGAAGGUGGAAAAUGUCUACAUCAAAAUCAUCCUGAGGCUGGGCAGUGACACCACUGGGAAGCCCACCAUCAGCACCUCCGACUGCAGUGCCCGCAUCUCCAAAGUCCGAGUUCUUUUUUCGGGCAGGCUUGGGUGGCUUUACAACCUGUUCCACAGCGUUAUUGAGUCCAAGAUGCGGAAGAAUUUAGAGAGCAAGGUCUGUGACAACGUGGCCAAGUCAGUACAAAACGAGCUCCAGACGUACAUCCAGACCCUGCCAGUCACAGCCAGGAUAGAUGCCAAGAUUGGGCUUGAUUAUGCCUUGGUGGCACCCCCAAGAGCUACUGCCCAGUCCCUGGAUGCAGGCCUGAAGGGUGAAUUCUACUCCCUGGCCCAUCGCUCCACCGUCCCCUUCUCACCACCGCCACUGGUCUUCCCCCCGGAUCACGACCGCAUGGUUUACUUUGGAGCCUCCAGCUACUUCUUCAACACAGCCUGCAUUGCCUACCACAAGGCUGGGGCACUGGUCUUUGAAAUCACAGAGGCCAUGAUCCCAAAGGAUGUGGGAUUCAAAUUGGACACCUCUGUCUUCUCAGCCUUCAUUCCCCAGCUGGAGGAGAUGUACCCAGACAUGCCAAUGAAGUUCAGGCUGUCUGCUCCCACUGCUCCAUUCCUGACUAUUGGACCAGGAGGAAUCUCGUUCCAGCCCGUUGUGGAUGCCCAGGCUUAUGCCAUCCUUCCCAACUCCAGCCUGGCUCCUCUCUUCCUCCUCAGCCUGACGGGGAACGUGUCCGCUGUCGUCAACGUGAGAUCCGGCCGCAUAGUUGGGAGCCUGGAUGUGGGCAGGAUCAGGCUCUCUCUGAAGGAUUCAACUGUUGGCACUUUCCAGGUGCGAAUGAUGCAGUCCUUAAUGAAUGCCUUGACUUCCAGUACCCUGAUCCCACGUCUCAAUGCCCGUUUAGAUGAGGGUUUCCCUCUGCCACUUCUGGACAGGAUCCAGCUCUCCAAUACCCUCGUGAAGUUCUACCAGAAUUUCAUGCUGCUUGGAGCAGAUGUUCACUUCCAGCCCCAGGCAUGAAAAUAAGGUGAUGAGAGCCCUUCAGCACAGAAUAUGCCCCAUUCAACACUUGCCCUUCCAUGCUCCCCUGCCUGAGCCAAAGACCACGAGUCCUGCCACUGCAUUGCACUGCUGCCUUGGCUCAGACACUUGGAUGGGGCCUCACAAGGUGCUACCAUGAGCUGCGGUGCUCUGCCCUGGGCCGCCCCAUCCCCACCUCCCUGUGAGCAGCAAUAAAGGUGUUGGUGAUGGGCUAUC